GCAGACAAUCCCCUCAGCCUGUUAGGCCAAGGGACAGAACUCUGUAUACGUAACAAAUCUAAACAAAGACAUAAGAAAGAACAAAAUAACCUCCGCAUUUCCAACAGACAGAGCAUAUGACACGAGCUGUCGUGCUGACUGAUGCAAUCAAAAGAUGAACUUCACGGUUUGCGCUGAAGCCACACAUGAACAGAGAUGCGACCACAGGCCGAGACGUCUGCUCACAGGCCGCUAGAGUGCUCUCCCCUGUCGUGUAACGCUUCACUCUUCACCGGAGUCGUGUCGUCGCUCUGCUAGCAGCAGGAACCGUUUGACAAAAUGAUAAAUACGGCUCUGGGUAGUAUUUCUCAUCUGGAACUCCAUUCAACAAUUCGAGAUGAUGAUGGCAUUGACCAGCUGCAUCACUUUGUCACCGUGACUCUUUACGUGCUGUGUGCAACAGUCGCAGGCUUCAAGGAGUAUGCCAGUGAACCCAUUACCUGUUGGAACUAUGGGCAGUACAUGUUUCCUCAUUACGGGCAACAUGUCAACAGUUACUGCUGGACUCAGUAUCUGUAUCAAUACCCAAACGAGACUAACUUGAACAUUACACCCUACCAGUUGGACGCACUUGGUGCACCUGAGCACGAUACGAAGACAGGGGUUGGCAAGAUCACCUUCUACCGCUGGGUUACAAUGCUUUUCUUGAUGCAAGCCUUUUCUUUUAAGUUUCCUAACAUGAUAUGGAGGGAACUCAAUGCCUAUGCAGGCAGCAACAUUGUCAAGAUCGUUCAAAUGCUGCAGGAUGUCAUUUUUGCAAAGAGAGCUGAGAAAACAGAGAGGUUGCAGCAGGUGGCCCUCUUCCUGGAACAAUGGCUUCGCAUCCACCGCAAGCCUCGCUGGUUCAUGCGUCACCAGAGUUCUUUGCCGUACAUUGACACUACAUUAUCCUCUUGUAUGAUGUGCAUUGGAACGGAUACAAGCAAUUACCUCUCCACCUUUUACUUGAUGACUAAGGCGCUCUACCUCCUCAAUACCGUCAUGCAGUUUUUCAUUCUAUCAAUAUUUCUGCACACCAACUUUUUUAUCUAUGGCAUAAGACUUCUCAAUAGCUACUCAGAGGGGAAAUCUGAUGCACAUAGCAAGUCUAUGUUUCCCACUGUAGUUAUGUGUCAUUUUCGAACCUAUCAAGAUCACCGUACAACAGGAAGGUGGGUUCAGUGUGUCCUAACCAUCAACUUGUUCCUGGAGCAGCUCUUUCUCAUCGAAUGGCUGUGGCUUCUGCUGCUGCUGACUGUAACCACCUUCAGCUUUAUAGUGUGGUGCUUCAAGAUUCUACAGACUCAGACAGCAUUAAAAUUUGUGAGGCGUUAUAUGCGGUUGAUGAAUUUCUACUGUGUCCCAGCGACUGCAUCCAAAUCAUUCUCUGUAGAGGAGUUUGUCACAGAGUACCUGCGCAGUGAUGGGGUAUUUGUUCUUCGAAUUCUUUCUGUCAAUACCAACGAGGUGGUUGUUUCAGAACUGGUGACAGAGCUAUGGAACAGAUACUUGAGUUUCAAAAUAAAUGAGGUUGGACAAGGUUCACCAACUUCAUCUUUCCAACAAGAGAUACCUUUCAGACCUGAUGACAGAAAAGUGGAAGAGAAUGAAAGAGAAACAGGUCCAAGAAGUAGCACGGAUGUUGAUACUGAGCCAGUGAACAGCAAAGGAAUGUCAAGCGUAUGAUGUCAAAGACUUCAGUCCAUCCAAGCUUCCUUGACUGUGACUGGCUGUAUGUGCCAUUGUCUCAUCUGUUAGCAGUCAACUACCUGUCACAAGGUGUCGUCUGACUCUGUCCAUUUUCUACCGCAUUAACUCGGCAGCUCCAACAGAUGAUGGUGUCUAAAGUGGGCACCAUAUAUCUCCCUAGACAUCAUGGAAGAGUCAGUAUUUGUAAUCUCACAAAUGAACUAGGAUAUUUUUAUUACUGUUGUUAUUGCUUUAUGAACAAACCACUAAAUUCAACAUGACAGAAUGCUGCUGGUAGGAGAUUUAGAGGAGUAUGCCUAUUAAGCAAACCCAUUGUCAGUUUUAACCUUUUUCUGUUUUCAGAAAUUUUGGUAUUGGUGAACAUCAUGAAUUAAGUUGUUUACUUAGAUGUGGGGUAUAAAUAUGUUGUAAUGAAGUAAAUCAAGUCACUGAAAACAGAUUUGACUGUGAUAAGGUUUAAGCGGAUUUUAUACCAAUUUCACACUUUAUCGUGUAACAAGCUGAACAGUAUUCUUUUAUUAGGCCAGUUAAGGUAUAUUGUAGAUCUAUAUAUAUAUAUCAUUGAACUUUUUUUGAAUAUGAUGCUAUAAUUUAGCAAUUUAUUUACUAUUUGUAUCAAACAGAAGAAUGGUAGCAUGACAUAUUUUAUUUAUACAUAUUUUACAAAGAAAGCAUGUCUAUACAGUUUGUUUCUAUUGUAGGGUGAAGGACAACCUAUAGAUGGAUUUCAAUAUUGUUGUUGUUUUGUAAAUAUUAAAUAAGGGAAAAGGGUU